GUGAUUGAAAGGAGUGACACAGCGAAUGGAGUAGUGUUUACACUUGGAUAUUUCUGCAUUUGAAAAGAAAAAUAUAUAUAUAUUUUAACUGUCAGCUGGCUGACCACAACAUGGAAAGAAGUUCAGCGACCUCAUCUAGAGAGAAGUUGUUUAAGGUUUUAGUCAUUGGGAAUUUAGGCGCUGGGAAAAGCAGCAUUAUCCGGCGUUAUGUUAAAAAAUGCUUCAACGAACAGUACAAGGGAUCUAUCGGAGUUGACUUUGCCUUGAAAACAGUCGAAUGGGAUGCCAAGACGGUGGUGAGACUGCAGCUUUGGGAUAUUGCAGGUCAAGAGACGUAUAAGAGUUUGUCCAGGGUGUACUACAAAUGCGCUAUGGGUGCAGUUGUCGUCUUUGACAUUACAGAAAGCUCAAGCUUGGAGGGGGCACUUGAGUGGAAGCGGGACUUAGAUAGUAAAGUCUGUCUCAACAGUGGACGUCCAAUCCCUGCCAUCCUGCUGGCCAACAAAUGUGACCUGAAGGAGAGGGACAAAGACCUGGUGUCCUCUCUGGACAGCUUUUGCAAAGACAACAACUUCCUGGCCUGGUUUGAGACCUCUGCAAAGGACAAUAUCAAUAUUGAUGAGGCAGGUGCCUUUCUUGUCAAACAAAUGAUGCUGUGCGACACCAGCCCGUCCGAUGAAGAGGACCACCGGGACCGGAUCAAAGUGAGCCACACUCCCGAGCAGAGUGAGAGCCAGUCGGCGUGCUGUUGAAGACCGAUGUUCUGAGGCAAAGAGCCAAGCUGCCGAAGCUGCUGCUGCUGCUGCAGGUUAAACAGACCUGAUUGUGAUACCCACUGCAGAGACGCUAUUCGAGAGACCCAAUGAGCCUGUUUUACAUCUACUCAGUAAUGUUAUAUUCAUAUUUCCGCCUUGCAAGUUUUCUCACUAAUGUGUGGACUGUGCGGGCUGCCUCAUAAACACCUCUGUGGAGACAAUUGAGCUCAUUCCUCUGAUAAACCACAGAUACAGCCGAGAUAAUAAACAGAUCAGCAUGACACACAUCCUGCUGGGAAAAGUCUGCGACACUCCCCGCGUAACUGAGACGUGCAAGUGAUUGGCCUGCUAUACUGAAAAGCCAGAAACUGUGAAACAGUUCAUUAAAUCUAACAAACACAAAGAAGGAGUAAUAUAUAUUUUUAUAUAUACAUAUAUAUAGAUAUAAAUAUUUUUCUUACUAAAUGAGAACCCAUUCCAGCAUUGAGUGCUACUUGCCUGUUAUGCAACCCAUGCAUAUAAUUUUCUGUUAAUCACUUCACAGAGAGAUGAGCUAAGACAUGAGCGUCGCAGCUCCGAUUGAUUUGGCCAACAAGUAGAGGAACGAUAUCAGCAUGACCUGAUUUUUUGUGGAGAGAAAAAAAAAAUUGUGAAAAUGCCCAAGGAGGACUGAGCGUGCUAUACUGGGAGCAGAGCACUUUCACUGUCGCUAGUUGCUAAUAGUCAGUAACACACUGUAGAAGGCAUAACAUUCAGAUUUGUUUGUAAAGUCGAGACUGCAUGUGCAAGGUAAUGUAGUGUGAGACUAUUAAAUUGCAUUUAUUGUAGCUGUUACCUAUAGUUUACUGAAAUAAAAACCUUUCUCCAACCACCUUCUCAAAUAUCAAAUUCUAAUUUUUUUCUUAAUCAUGUUAAUGGUUAUUUUGUUUAGUGUGUCGGUUUGAAUAAAUCUGAA